CUCCACUCAAGCCAUAUCAACUUUCUUCACAUUUACAAAAAUUCUAUCAUCCAUAUCAGCUUCCUCUCAUCUUUCAGCUUCUUCUCUCUUUGACCUUAAACACACACACAUACACAGAGAAGAGCAAGAACAACUACUACAACAAUGGUGUUUGUGACUAAACCACCUACUGAAAACUUUUCUUAUCCUAGAGGCAGCAAAGUCUCCAAAUUCUUUGCUGGGAUUCCUCUGAUAGACCUUUCAAAACCUGACUCCAAACAGCUCAUCGUCAGGGCUUGUGAGGAGUUUGGGUUCUUCAAGAUUAUCAACCAUGGUGUUCCAAUGGAAUUCAUUACCAGGUUGGAAUCUGAGGCCAUCAAAUUCUUCUCCUUGCCACUUUCUGAGAAAGAAAAAGCAGGGCCACCUAAUCCAUUAGGAUAUGGUAACAAGUAUAUUGGGAAGAAUGGUGAUGUUGGUUGGGUGGAGUACCUUCUUCUAACAGCCAACACAGAAUCCAAUUCCCAGAGAUUUUUAUCAGUUUUUGGACAGAACCCAGAAGAGUUUUGUUCUGCUUUGAAUGAUUAUAUAUCAGCUGUGAAGAAAAUGACAUGUGAGAUUCUUGAACUGAUGGCUGAAGGAUUAAAGAUUCAACCAAGGAAUGUGUUCAGCAAGCUUUUGAUGGAUGAACAGAGUGACUCUUGCUUCAGGUUAAAUCACUACCCACCAUGUCCAGAGCUUCAAGAUUUGAGUGCCAGAAAUGUGAUUGGAUUUGGAGCGCACACAGACCCACAAAUCAUCUCUGUGCUGAGAUCCAACAACACAUCUGGCCUCCAAAUUUCAUUGAGAGAUGGAAAUUGGAUUCCAGUCCCACCUGAUCAUAACUCCUUCUUCAUCAAUGUUGGUGACUCUUUGCAGGUUUUGACCAAUGGGAGGUUCCAAAGUGUGAGGCACAGGGUUUUGGCAAAUGGUUCAAAAUCAAGAGUUUCAAUGAUUUAUUUUGGGGGGCCACCCUUGAGUGAGAAAAUAGCACCACUGCAAUCUGUCAUGAAAGGAGAGGAGGAGAGCAUGUACAAAGAGUUUACAUGGUUUGAGUACAAAACCUCUUGUUACAACACAAGACUGGCUGAUAAUAGGCUUGGAAACUUUGAGAGAAUUGCAGCCUCAUAAAUCAGCUACCAGAAACAGAGAAAAAAAAAAUGUCCUACUUGUUUAAUAGGUUAAGAUUAUAAUUAGUUCAUCAAGUUUUCCAUAGAUGGAAUUCCCUCUGUUAUAUCUCUUCUGUUUUCCCCUUCCCCUACCAGCUACUUCCAUGUAAACUACCUUUCAUCUUAGAAAUACAAACAUGUCCACGCUUUUUUUUUUGUUUGGUUAUUAUUAUUAUUUUUAAAUCUAUGAAAAUAGGUGGAUUAUUACUUUCUGAUCA